AUGCACCUCCAACUGGCCUUCCAAAUGGCUGGUGACGAGGUUAGGUGCAAUGGCUGACAGGACACGUAUCCCAUACACAUCUCGAGUCAGACAGGAGCACACUCAAGACAGUUCAACCGCCAGUUUCGACAAGGUCCACCGUAUGCCUGUCCAGCCGUUGGCGACGCAGAUAGCCCUCAUAACCACCACGUCCUGUCGGUCUCGCCUCCGCCGCAAAUGAUCAGGGGUGUAUCCAGGUCGCCAUCUCCUACAGUCGAAAAGCCAAAUUAGCUAUUGGUGAGAAGACGGCAGCGUUCUGCGUAGCUUUAGAGGAGGAGGAGGAGGAGGAGGAGGAGGAGGCCGUUGUCGUUACAGCCGCCGAGUCCAUGGGCACCCUGCGUCCCCUCUCACACAGUGAGGCCUGUCUCAACGCGGGUAUUGAAGCCACCAAGGACAAACAGCUCGUUCGCUUUCGGAAAAGUAGCCAAGAGGACGUGAAAGUCCUCGGAGAAGUUGUCCCUCACCUCGUCGACGCUGCUCAGCGGGAGGGGGCUGGCGUAGACACUGACGAUGGUGGCUAA